CCACAAAACUAAACCCCAACAACACCAUACACACCACACACUUCACACAAUGUUGGAUCACACCGGUACCUUAUGCUUAAAAACUAGUACCACCUGGGCUCGCGUCUGCGACACCUGCCGCUCCGCCCCUUGCACCAUCUACUGCCGCCCAGACGCCGCUUACCUCUGCACCGCCUGCGACGCCCGCAUCCACGCCGCCAACAAACUCCAGUCUUCCCAACACGAGCGUGUCUGGGUCUGUGAAGCCUGCGAGCAAGCUCCGGCGGCCUUCAUAUGCAAAGCCGACGCCGCCUCUUUAUGCACCACCUGCGACGCCGACAUCCACUCCGCCAACCCUCUUGCCCGCCGCCACCACCGUGUCCCCGUCAUGCCAAUUCCCGGAGCACUGUAUGGGCCUCAGGGUGCUGGGCCUGACCCGAGAGCUGUAAUGGGCUUGGGUGUGGGAGUGGAUUCUCAAAGUGGGUUUUUGUCGAACGAUGGUGGUGGUGAUGAGGAGGAUGAGAGUGAGGCGGCUUCGUGGUUGUUGUUUGAUGGGCCGGUGGUGGUGAACAAGAAUAGUCAAAGUCAAAGUGGGGGUGGGGGUAAGGAUAGUGGGUUUUUGUUUAGUGGGGAAGGGGGUGAGGAGGAUGAGUAUUUGGAGUUUAUGGAGUUUGGGAGUGAUGUGCAAGCGCAAUGUUAUGCGAAUAAGGUGAACGAUCAGAAGAUGUCGUAUGCAGAUGCGGAUAGUGUCGUGCCGGUUCAGAAGAACCAUGAGUUUCAGAAUCAUAAGUUUCAGCUUGGAGUGGACUAUGAGGGUGCUGCUGCUGGUGCUACUGGUGGUUAUGGAUAUCCUCAACUUACUCAUAGUGUUUCCAUGUCAUCAAUGGAAGUUGGAGUUGUACCUGAUUCGACAAUAACCGAGGCUUCAUUCUCACAUCCUAGACCCUCGAAAGGUACGAUCGACCUAUUCUCAAACCCUCCGGUUCAAGUGGCAACCCAACUCACUCCAAUGGAUCGAGAGGCACGGGUCUUGAGGUACAGAGAGAAAAAGAAAACAAGAAAAUUUGAAAAAACUAUCCGCUAUGCAUCAAGAAAAGCUUAUGCGGAAACAAGGCCUAGGAUCAAAGGCCGUUUCGCAAAAAGAACUAAUGCGGAUGUCGACGUGGAUCAAAUGUUCCCUACAAACCAUAUGCUAGAAGGCGGAUAUGGAAUUGUACCCUCGUUUUAAAGACGAGUGGCACGAUAGGCGUAUCUUUUUUUAGCAAAAAGGGCCAUCAGGAACAUCGGAAGUAAGAUGAUUUUGCAUCAUCUUAAGAAGCAAGAACUAAUCCGCGUAUGGCUUCUUUUAAUUGUAAACUUAACUAUAAAAUACAUAUUUUCUGUACCUUAAUUGUUUUUUGUUUUAAUUUAAGGUUGAUGUUGUGGGAAUGCUAUAAUAAACCUUGUAACUUUGUCUUCAAUUUUUUUUAUACGAUUGUCUUAAGCUUAUGGUC